AUGUCGUCCCUCACCCUCGCAAACCUAACCUACAUCUCGCGCGACGACCUCGCCGCCGCAAUAAAAGCCUCGCCCACCACGCCCCUGCCCGCCAACACAGCCGUAAUCGACGUGCGCGACGGCGACCACAUCGGCGGGCAUAUCCGCGGCUCGACGUGGGUGCCCAGCAGCCAGCUGGACUACAAGACGCCGGAUCUGAUUCGCACGUUGCGCGACAAGGAGGUUGUGGUUUUUCACUGCGCGUUGAGUCAGCAGCGGGGGCCGAGUGCGGCGUUGAGGUACUUGAGGGAGAGGGAGAGGCUAAUUGGUGGUGGUGGGGAGGGGAAGGAGGGUAAGGAGCAGAAGGUGCUGGUGCUGAGGGGUGGGUUUGGGGAGUGGCAGGAGAAGUAUGGGGAGGAUGAGCGGUUGACGGAGGGGUUUCAGAAGGAUCUUUGGGAGUGA